AUAUUUAAGCAACGCCCAGGAUCAACAAUUUUCCUGGCAGAUGCCACAAUACCAGUCUGGUGGUUUAUCAAAAUAUUACCAGCAGGAGCUGAGGGGUGACCCAGUGUCGUCCUCGUCCCAUCAGCGCUGUGUGCUCGAGCAGUAUGAGCGAAUUGCGUGCGGAGAGUCUGACAUCACUCCAGAUGAAUGUUACGCCAUCGGCUGCUGUUAUGAUGGACAAGGCUGUUACUAUGCCAAGGCGGUUACCCUGCAGUGCACAAGAGAUGGGCAGUUUGUGUUGGUGGUUGCUCGAGAUGCAACAAUGCCACGCAUCCGUUUGGACUCCAUCCACAUGCUGGAGAGCGUCUCCAGCGAGUGCACUUCUGUUGAAACCACAGCCAAUUUUGCCAUCUAUCAGUUUCCGGUCAGCUCCUGUGGUACCCAAAUGAAGGAAGAAAAUAAUUUUAUUGUUUAUGAAAACACGAUGUCAUCAGCAUAUGAAGUGGGCAUUGGACGCCAUGGAUCCAUCUCAAGAGACAGCACUUAUAAGUUAAAGUUCCAAUGCAGGUAUUCAGGAACGGCAGUUGAGGCUAUGAUGGUGGAGGUAAAUAUGGUCCCACCUCCUCCACCUGUCUCCCAGGAGGAACCCCUCAGAGUGGAGCUCAGGAUCGCCAAUGGACAGUGUACCAUUAAAGGAUGCUCUGAUGAGGAUAUGUAUACCUCAUACUACUCGGAGGAAGACUACCCUGUCACCAAAGUAUUGACAGAACCCGUUUACAUGGAGGUGCGGAUUCUGGAAAGAAUCGACCCAAACGUUGUCCUGGUCCUUGAUCACUGCUGGGCCACUUCCACCCAGGAACCUCAGAGCCUUCCCAAGUGGGACCUAAUAGCUAAUGGGUGUCCCUGUAAGGAUGACCAUAACCUGACCAUCACGCUUCCCGUUGUAGAGUUAGGGCUACAGUACCCAUCUCAUUACAAACGCUUCGCAAUGAGUAUGUUCACCUUUGUAGAUCAGUCCUCUCUUGUGCCUUUGCAGGAUCGGGUGGUCUUCAUUCACUGCACCACGUCAGUUUGUCACCCGUUUGCCAAUGAGUCCUGUGAGCCCAGCUGUGGCAAGACGAAAAGUGCAGUUUUAGAAGAACUGAAGGAUUCUGAGGGGAAAGUUUUAGUUUCGAGUGGCGAGAUCAUACUCGUUUCUAAUUCGCCAGUUUCGGAGAACCUACAGUAUGAGGAAGUGCCACCCAUAUUAGGGUAUGGGUUAUGGGCAGGAGCAGCUCUAACUGCGAUUGGUGUCUGUUGGCUCGUGAUGGCCGUUUUUAAACGGCGUCCCGGACCUCGUCCUCAGCCUGUACCAGUGUGAUUUAAUAAAAUGACCAAAAAUGUGGUUUUG